AUGGCACUCCUCACCAUUUUCUUUCUCAUGGCUCUGCUGCCUUCCCUCAUCGCCGCAGAAGCUGUUACCACCCUCAGCGUUACUUUAACUGUAACCAGCAAAAUCUUUGAGACGAUUGUGAUCACUACACGGACAGAGUCAGCUAUUCCACCAGCUAUUUGGACCACCAAGAUCAUCGGGCCAACAGACGACUUUGUGCGCACCACGAUCUACAAUUCAGUCACACGAACGAUCACGCGCGCGACAUCUACCUGCACAGUUUCUUGUCUCCCUGUUGAAACAACCCUAGCCACUUUCGAGCCCGACACAAACGGUUCAUGUUUGUCUCCUUCUACCUCGAAACGGCUGGUAACGACUGUGAUCACGAGUAUCUACACCGUUUGGGAGACCCAAUGCGGCUUUGCCAUAUCAGCUGUCUCUAGCGCUACCACAUCAAGCUCUUUCCCGAAAUAUUCGUGUGACCCACUGGUGAACUGGUCCUGCAUGGGUGGUUUGUUCACUUAUCCAACUGCUACAUAUACAUUCUCCCAUGAUACUACCUCAACAGCAGUGCUGUUCGAAACGACCACUUCCAGUAUCUUACCUUGCGAGGACACGACCUACUUUACUCUGUCUCUGCCAACGAGCUCCUCCUCUAUCAAGUCAAAUCAUUCCAACUCGCCGCAGACUCAUUCAAGCAGCACUAGCAGCAGCUCAAUUAGUUUCCAUACUACUGCUUACUCAACUGGGGGUGAAUAUCCCACAGCAAGCCAUACUUCUCCUCCAGUCACAGCUGGCUCUAUGAUGUUGGCACCAAUGGUAGGUAGCAAGGUCCUUAUAGGAUUGUUGGCGCCAGUUGUUGCGGUGAUAAUAGGUUUCGAUUGA